CUUUCAUGUCGUCUGCAUCCAAGCGAGCGCAUUCGCCUGAGCGAGAGAUUGUCGCUGGCGGCGCUGCGUCCAAGCAUGCACGACUUGACGACGACGUUGCCGCUGAUGUGCGAUCUGAUCACUCGCGAGCCGUGGACGGAGCACGAGGGCGGCAACGACGAUCGAACGACGCAGACGAGGGCGAGCACCAAGACGAGAGCGCAGGCGCAGAGCCCAGGUCGAACGGACACGCUGCUGGGGCGCAGGACGAUGCCCAGAGCAUGGCCAUGGACGCUGAUACCGCAACGGCGGCGACGGCGGCGGCGGCGGAGGAGGAGGAGCAGAAGCUCGCCCAGCAGCGCAGGAUGCGCCGACUCGAGCGAAUCCACUUGGCUGCACUGCCAACGAGCAACCUGUAUGAACGGAGCUACAUGCACCGCGACGUCGUCACGCAUGUCGUGGCAACGAGAACAGAUUUCGUCAUCACGGCGAGCCUCGACGGGCAUAUCAAGUUUUGGAAAAAGCUCGAGGCCGGGCUGGAGUUUGUCAAGACCUUCCGCUCGCAUCUCACGGGCAUGACGGACGUGGCGGCGAGCCACGACGGCAUGUUCUUGGCGACAACAUCGUCGGACAAGAUGCUCAAGAUUUACGACGUGGUGAACUUUGACAUGAUGAACAUUAUCAAUCUCGGCGACGACGAAGCAACCUGCUGCGAGUGGCUCCACCAACCCGGAGACGCCCUUGCCAGGGUGGCGGUCGCCUGUCAGUCCAGCCCCGCGAUUCGCAUCUACGACGCUCGUGGCGACGGCAAGCCCUUGAAGACAGUGUCCAUGCACGUCAAACCCGUCGUAGCCAUGGCGCUGAACGUGAAAUUUGACACGGUCAUUUCCGUGGAUACUGCUGGUCUUGUCGAGUACUGGCGCGCGGCAGACAACUCGGACCACACCUUCCCUUCUGAUCGCGUCCAUUUUUCUUCCAAGCUGGACACGGACUUGUUUGAUUUUGUGCGCGCCAAAACGGUCGUCACCUCGAUUGACGUCUCGCCGGAUGGCUCCAAGUUUGUAACCAUGUCCAGCGAUCGCAAAGUGCGUGUCUUCCGCUUCCUCACAGGCAAGCUCGCGCGCAAGUACGACGAGUCGCUCCAGGUCAUUGCCAACCAGUCGCAGCUCGCCUCGCACAUCGACAACAUUGAGUAUGCUCGACGGCUCGCCGUCGAAAAGGACAUUGAUCAACAGCCCGUGUCCGUCGCCGGCAUGAACGCAGUCUUUGAUGAGUCGGGUCUCUUUGUCAUCUAUCCUUCCCUGCUCGGCAUCAAGGUUGUGAGCAUCCACGACAAUCGAUGCGUGCGCAUCAUUGGCAAAGUCGAGUCCAACAUUCGUAUUUUGCGUGUCGCGGUCCAUCCUGGCAAGCUGCGCAAGGCCAUCGGUAUGACAUUGGACUCGCAAACUGCCGACAACCCGCUUCUCGCGGCUGCCAUUGCCGAUCCGAGUGUCUUUUGCACAGCAUUGAAGCGACAGCGCUUUUACAUUUUCUCGAAUCGCGAGCCCAAGGAGGACGGCAGUGACGUGGGCCGAGAUAUUCUCAACGAAAAGCCAACCCGUGAAGAACAACUCGCUUCAUUGGAAAGCGUUAGUAAGCCUGUGCUUCCCGACUUGGCAAUCAUCCAUACGACCAAAGGCGAUAUUCAUAUUCGUCUGUUCCCGCAAGAGUGUCCGAAGACGGUCGAGAACUUUGUGACGCAUGCACGAAAUGGAUACUACAACCAGCACCUGUUCCACCGCGUCAUCAAAGGCUUUAUGAAUCAAACUGGCGAUCCCAAAGGCGAUGGUACUGGUGGCGAGUCCAUCUGGGGAGGCAACUUUGAAGAUGAGUUCCACAAGUCGCUCAAACACGAUCGACCGUUCACGGUGAGCUCGGCCAACGCUGGCAAGGACACGAACGGCUCGCAGUUCUUUAUUACCGUUGUCCCCACGCCGUGGCUCGAUAACAAGCACACCGUCUUUGGACGCGUCAUCAAGGGCAUGGAGAUUGUCUCGGCCAUUAACAACGUCAAGGUGGACAAAUCAGAUCGUCCUUUGGAAGAUGUUCGCAUGGUCUCCAUCACCCUCAAGCAAUCAUAAGACAAUGAGACCGCGCCAUUACUCCGCCCCUCCUCGGUCACCCUUUGUGAAGUUGCUCGUUUCAAAUUCAUUCGGAUGAUUGCAAGCUUUCAAAUAUCCAAUUCUCUCGUUUUGACACUGAAAAAGUCGCGUUAUCGCCACUUUCGCAGAAUUGCUGGUGUCGCAUACUCGUUGGUCA